AUGUCCUCCUUCAGAAUCCUCGUCCGAGCUUCCAGGAGCCUGCACCAGAGCUCGCCGAUCCUCAUACGCAACCAAUCACAGAACUGCCGUACUUUUCCGAUUCUCUACAGGCAAUUUCACGGUCUCGUUGAUGAGAUCUCCGGCAAGUCUGCUCCAGUUCAUGUGUCUCUACUAAAUCAUAUAGUCUCCAAUCCUUUCCCCUUCCAAAGAUUCGGAGUAUCCUCUACUGCUUCCCAUGAAUCUUCUGAAAAUGAAGAGGGGAGUGCAAAACAAGAUGAUGUGAAUUCUGAAGUGUCUAACCAAGCAGAGGAAUUGAGUUCCACAACGGAUUCCCAUUCCACCAAAUCGAAAUCAAGACGGCAGAGAAGGCGGACAAUAAGAACUGCAUUUUCCGAUUCGGAUUCUGAGUGCGACGAACAACCUUCCAUGGAUGAUCUGGUAAAAUCACUGGCGCGAAAGGAAGAGCUUCUGAAGUCUAAGCACAAAGAGAUUGAGAAAAUGCAAGAGAAAGUCCUCUGUUCUUAUGCAGAAAUGGAGAAUGUUAUGGACAGGACGAAACGUGAAGCAGAGAAUUCAAAGAAGUUUGCCAUUCAGAAUUUUGCAAAGAGUUUGCUUGAUGUUGCUGACAACUUGGGAAGAGCUUCAUCUGUUGUUAAAGACAGUUUCUCAAAAAUUGAUGAAUCUGAAGAUCCAAGUGGAGCCGUAGCUCUUCUAAAAACCCUUUUAGAAGGGGUUGAUAUGACUGAGAAACAGCUUAUGGAGGUAUUUAAGAAGUCGGGGGUCGAGAAAUUCGACCCUACAAGCGAGCCAUUUGAUCCGCAUAAGCAUUAUGCUGUAUUCCAAAUACCGGAUGGAUCGAAGCCAGACGGCACUGUGGCUGUUGUGCUGAAGUCUGGAUAUAUGCUACAUGAUCGAGUUCUUCGGCCAGCCGAGGUUGGCGUGACUCAAGCAGUGGAAGAUAAUUCAACGGAUUGAUGUCUAAAGAUACUGAAGCUGCUAUGGAUCACGGGAAAUGCUGUUUGAGGUGCAAACAACGAUUCUAUCUUUCCAAUUGAAUUAGAACUUAUUUUUCUUUUGUUAAAAAGAAUAGCAUUGAGUUAUUCGUAUACCUACCCACCAUGUGUGGUGCUUAAGACAUUGUUACAAGCAAGCUUCAUGUUUAAGCGGUCAAGGACAGAAGUCAUUCCCGAGAUUAUCUACAUGUUCAAGCCAAAAACCCGGAUUAACGAUGGUGCACGAGGGUU